AUGAAGCAGGGCUUCUCAUCCCUGGAUGUCAAGGUUAUUGCGCACGAGUUGUCUAAGACACUGGUCCCGCUGCGAGUCACAAACAUUUACGACCUCUCUUCGCGAAUAUUCCUGUUCAAGUUCCACAAGCCCGACCAUCGUGAGCAGUUCAUCAUCGAGUCCGGAUUCCGCUGCCACCUCACGUCCUACUCCCGCACGACCGCAUCCGCCCCGUCAGGCUUCGUAGCUCGGCUGCGCAAAUUUCUGAAGACGAGGAGGGUAACUUCGAUAUCACAGGUCGGCACCGAUCGUAUACUUGAACUGCAGUUCUCCGAUGGGCUGUAUAGACUAUUCUUGGAGUUCUAUGCUGGUGGCAACAUCGUACUCACCGAUGGGGAGCUGAACGUCUUGGCUCUGUUGCGCAAUGUGGAGGAGGGCGCUGAGCACGAGAAGCUUAGAGUCGGACUACAGUACAAUCUCUCAUUGCGGCAGAAUUACGAGGGAAUUCCUGAGCUCACAAAGCAGCGUGUCCGCGAUGGAUUACAAAAGGCAGUCGAGCGUCAGCAACAACAGCCCGCAACAACUGGGAAGAAAGCCAAGAAACAAACAAAGAACGUAUUGCGGAAAGCACUGGCCGUAUCUAUAACCGAAUGUCCCCCAUUGCUAGUGGACCACGCUUUGCAUGUCUCCAAAUUCGACUCUACACUGAAGCCGGAGCAAGUUCUAGCGGACGAGGGGCUGUUGGACAUGCUUCUGGAGGCUCUGCAGCUAGCUCGGAAGAUAUCAGAGGAAAUCACGACGCCGGAUAAGAUCAAGGGAUACAUAUUAGCAAAACCGAACCCGGCGGCGCCAAAAGAAGAAGCGGAAAGCUCUGACAAGUCCAAGCUACUAUACGACGACUUCCACCCCUUCCGGCCUCAGCAAUUUGAGGACUCAGACUAUACUUUCUUCGAAUUUGAGGGAUUCAACAAGACCGUGGAUGAGUUCUUCUCCUCCAUUGAGGGCCAGAAGCUUGAAUCGAGGUUGCAUGAGCGCGAGCUGGUGGCGAAGAAGAAACUGGACCAUGCACGGAAAGAGCACGAAAACCGUAUCGGAGGGCUACAGCAAGUGCAGGAGCUGAACUUUCGAAAAGCCGAAGCCAUCCUGGCUAACGUGCACCGGGUCCAAGAAGCUAUUGCUGCUGUGAAUGGGCUUAUCGGGCAGGGUAUGGAUUGGGGUGAAAUCGCGCGAUUGAUCGAACGAGAGCAGAGCCAGGGAAAUCCGGUCGCGCAGCUUAUUAAGCUUCCUUUGAAGUUGUAUGAAAAUACAAUUACGCUCCUGCUAGAUGACUCCAACUGGGAUCAAGCAGAGCAGGAUGAGGACGAAGGAUGCGAGACCAGCUCCGUUAGCGAGGAUACGGACGCCGAGGAUGAGGAUGGGGGCUCGAAGAAGAAGAAGAAAGCCCCUGCCCCUCAGUCAGUUGCUCAACCCAAAUUAGCGAUCGAUAUUGACCUGGGCCUGUCAGUUUGGCAGAACUCGGGCGAAUAUUUCGACCAGAAGAAAACCGCUGCAGGGAAAGAAGAGCGCACUAUCCAGGCAUCAGAGAAAGCGCUGAGGAGUCACGAGCGAAAGGUAGCUGAGGACUUGAAAAAAGGCUUGAAGCAAGAGAAGGAAGUGCUGCGCCCAGUGCGGAAGCAGCAGUGGUUCGAGAAGUUCAUCUACUUCAUCUCGUCGGACGGAUAUCUUGUGCUUGGAGGGAAGGAUGCCCAGCAAAACGAGAUCAUCUACCGAAGAUUUCUGCGCAAAGGCGACGUCUAUGUACACGCGGAUCUCAAGAGUGCGGUGCCCAUGGUCAUCAAGAACAAUCCCAACACACCCGACGCUCCUAUACCACCAUCGACACUAUCGCAAGCCGGAAACCUAUCCGUCUGCACUUCUGAAGCCUGGGAUUCGAAGGCAGUUAUGUCCGCCUGGUGGGUCCAUGCUGACCAAGUCAGCAAGAUGGGUCACACCGGGGAAUACCUGGCCCCAGGUCUUUUCAAUAUUAAAGGCAAGAAAGAGUUCCUCCCGCCCGCUCAACUCAUUGUUGGGUUAGCUGCCAUGUUUGAAAUCAGCGAAGAGAGCAAGGCUCGCCAUCGAAAGCAUCGCAUCACCGAACCUGCCAUUCCGGCCGCCGAGGAGCCUUUGCUAGAUCCUGUGCGAGAAGAGAAAGCUGCGGAUGUCGACAAAGGCGCAGAUAGCGAUAGUGAUGAGGACUUCCCAGAUGCGAAGAUUGCGUCUGAGUCGGAAGACGAGUUUCCGGAUGCGAAGCUGAGAUCAGAGGACAGUGACGCUGAGUCUGAUGCUGAAGAGCACACCAACCCACUGCAAAUGAGAAAUGGUAGCAGCAUUGGUGAUUCCGAUUCAGAAGACGAGAUACCGCCAGCGCGCCCCCAUCCACAGGACGUCACUCCCAAAAUGAAGAGUUUAGACCCCUCAAAUGAGGCCUAUGAGGAAGACACUGGAUCAGUCGCAGACUCUGAGCAGACGCAAAAGACGAGCCGGCGUCAUUUAUCAGCAAAAGAACGAAAACUGCUCAAGAAAGGGCAGCUGCCAGGAAACACGCCAACUCGUUCCGAUGCAGUUUCGGUUGCAGAUGCCUCAGCAGAGGACGAGUCCGUUUCAGCCGAGGUCAAUGGACGAAAGCCGGCCACGAAGGGACCCGGCACAACCACAUCACAAGCUUCCAGGGCGGGACCUAUGCCCCGAGGCAAACGUGGGAAGGCAAAGAAGGCCGCCGCCAAGUAUGCGGACCAAGACGAAGAAGAUCGAGCAUUGGCAUUGCGUCUGAUGGGAGCUACAUCCGGACCGUCCGCAGCGGAGUCUGCGGCGCAAGAGAAGAGGACGAAAGAGGAGGAAGCUCUUGCGAACAAACAGCGCCGGCGCGAGCAACAUAUGAGAGCUCAAGCAGCAGGCAAGGCCGCCGAAGAAGCACGUCGCGCGGCUCAUGAAGGAAACGCCCAGGAAAACGACGACGAAGACGAAGAAUCUUUCAAAGCGCAGCUCCUCAACCUCGAUGCUUUCACAGGCCGACCUCUACCCGGCGAUGAGAUCCUGUCCGCUAUUCCAGUCUGCGCUCCCUGGUCGGCUCUCGCGACUUUCAAGUAUAAGGCGAAGAUCCAGCCCGGUGCCGUCAAGCGUGGGAAAGCCGUCAAAGAGGUUCUAACGAAAUGGGACCACGCUGGCAAGGAUCCACGAGCGACAGAUAAACAUAGUCAAGAUGUGGAGCGCGUCUGGCCGAGAGAGAUUGAGUUGAUCCGUAGUUGGAAAGAGGCGGAGGUCGUGGGCGUGGUGCCAGUAAGCAAGGUCAGGGUUGUGAUGCUUGGUGGACGGGAUGGUGGUGGCGGGGGCGGUGGUGCCAAGGGAAAGAGCAAAUCCGCACGAGGUGGAAGAGGAUCGAAGAAACGAUAA